CAGGACAUGUCAGUGCGGUAUAAGGACAUUGAGCCACUUCAGGAAGACCCAACACCCAACAAGAGUCCCUCAGGAAACCAUUCAGCUUACCGAGGUACGGAUCACUGUACAGGGCAAAGGUGUAAUACCACAGAUACUGAGAAUGACACCUGGCAUCCAGGACAGGAGAAGUGGGACUGUGCAGAGUCCAUACAUACAGAAUGGGGACAGAUACCGAGAAUGACACCCGGCAUCCAGGACAGGAGAAGUGGGACUGUGCAGAGUCCAUACAUACAGAAUGGGGACAGAUACCGAGAAUGACACCCGGCAU